AUGACCUCCAAAACCAACACCGCGGCUCAUAAUGAAGCCGACAGAAUCAAAGACAUGGAGCCCCAGAUCUUCGAGGAUGAGAAUCCAGAGAAGCCCAUUCCCAGGAACACCGGCAAAAUCGACUACUCUGGUGCUCAGGAGAAGACCGAUCCCAAGGAGAUUGCCCUUGUGAGGAAGUUGGAUAGAUGGAUCAUGCCGAUGCUUUGGUCCAUGUACUGGCUCAAUUACCUUGACCGCAAUGCUAUUGCCUUGGCACGACUGAACGACCUCGAAAAAGACCUCAACCUGACAGGUUCUCAGUACCAGACCUGUGUUUCUAUUCUCUUCGUCGGUUACAUCAUUGGACAGAUCCCAUCAAACAUGUUCCUUACCCGGACUCGGCCGAGCCGUUACAUGGGAACCAUGAUGAUGCUCUGGGCUGUCGUCAGCGCUCUUACAGCUGUGUCCAAAGACUUUACCGGACUCCUACUUACCAGAUUCUUUCUUGGCGUGACAGAAGCACCCUACUAUCCCGGUGCCGUCUAUUUGCUCAGCAUCUUCUACACCCGAAAGGAGGUCGCAACUCGUAUUGCUAUCCUCUAUACGGGUAAUAUUCUCGCCACUGCCUUUGCUGGCCUGAUUGCAGCUGGAAUUUUUCACGGCAUGGACAACCUCGCUGGCAUUGCAGGCUGGAAGUGGCUGUUCAUCCUUCAGGGCGCCGUGACGUUCGUUAUUGCCGUCAUCGGUUUCUUCCUACUUCCCGAUUUCCCUCAGACCACCAAGUGGUUGACCCAAGAAGAGCGAGACCUCGCUUACAACCGCAUGGAACUUGACACUGUUGCCAACAAGGGCGAGACCAGCACUUGGAACGGUCUGCGUCAAGCAGCCAAGGACCCCAUGGUGUGGAUCUUCUGCGCAAUGGCCCAUAUGCAUUUGGCUGCCAAUGGGUUCAAGAACUUUUUCCCCAGCGUUGUCAAGACCCUCGGCUUCAACACUACCAUUACCCUGGUCCUCACCUGCCCACCUUACCUCAUUGCUGGCGCCGUGACCAUCGCCGUGUCCUGGUCGUCAGGCAAGUUCAAUGAGCGAACAUGGCACAUCACCGCUUCCAAGGCUGUCGCAGUUAUCGGCUUCAUUUCUGCCGCUGCGACGAUGAACUUGGCCGGUCGAUACGUAUCAAUGGUCAUCUUCACCAUUGGUACCUACGGCGUAAACUCGUUGAUUCUGGGAUGGUGCGGCAGUGUCUGCGGCCAGACAAAGGAGAAGAAAGCAGUCGCCAUUUCGAUGGUGACGAUGAUCAUGAACGUCAGCUUCAUUUGGACGCCCUACCUGUGGCCCAGCAGCGACGAGCCGCGCUAUGUUAUGGCCAUGUCGAGCAGCGCCGCCUUCAGUAUUGCGACUGCUUUGCUGGCUUGGCUUGCAAAGAUCAUUUUGAAGAAGCGCAACGAGAAGUUGAGGGCUUCACCUGAUGAGACUGCUGUCUUUUACGUUUACUAG